GUGCCAUCUCUAAUUCCCCCUCUUGUACCGGAAUGUCAAUCAAAUGAAAACAAAAAAAGCGGCGUGAGAAAACUGAAAAGAACGGGCAUCCAGUGCACAUUUCCAGCUUAAUUUCGAUGCAUUGAACGGCGACGGCGCAGCGGAACACAGGAGGCGCAGGAUUACGGAUACGGAAGCCAUGGAAACGGCCAGAAUGGAGACGGCGAUGGAGACACAUUUUAUGGCCAAAAUGGGGAAGUGGAUGACCCCUGAGGAGGAGGCGCGGCAAAAGUUCAUCAUGAGGGAGCGGGAUCGCGAGCGGAAACGGAUCAAACGCAUGAAUCCCGAGUACAGGCAGAUGGAACGAGAACGGGAUCGGUUCCGCAAGCUGACGCCCAGGCCCAGUCUGAUGACCCCCGAGGAGGAGGCCCGCCACAAGUUCAUCAUGCGGGAGCGGGAUCGCGAGAGGAAGCGGAUUAAGCGUCUCAAUCCCGAGUACCGGCGAAUGGAACGCGAGCGCGAUCGAUUCCGCAAGAAGGCACGACGUGCUAACUUGACCCCCGAUGAGGAGCUGCGACUGAAAAUUAUCCAAAGGGAGCGGGAUCGAGAAAGGAAACGAAUCAAGCGAAUGAAUCCGGAGUACAGAAGGCUGGAGCAGGAACGUGACAGGGAUAGGAAGAAGGCUCGUAGGGCCAACGAGGCCUUCAGGCAGCUGGAAAAGCUAAGGGAUAAGAUCCGAAAGGAUCGAAAGAAGGGCUUGCUUGUCACGGAUCCGACGCAGCUGCCGCCGGAAUUCGCAGCCAUGAUACCGCCAGUGCCUGUGGUUAAGCCCGAAGUGGGUGUGUCACCAGUGCCGCCCCCAGGCCAGCAGCAACCCACGCCACAGCUGCAGCAACAGCAGCAGCAACAGUUGCAGCAACAUCAGCAGGUGCCACAGCAACAGCAACAGCAGCAGCAUCAGCAGCCUCCGCCCACGCAUCUGCAAGAGCAGCAAUUGAGUCACCAGCUCGCGCAUCAGCGAAACCGAAUGAUGUCUAGCCAACUCACUCAACUGGCCACGCCCCCCGCCCAUGCCUCACACCUGCAGCAGCUGAAUAAGUUGCAGCAACUCUACCCGCCACGCAGCUUUGGUCACCCCGCUUUACCUAUCGCUGGAGUGACGCUGAUGCCGCAGCUUUGUCAUCCCAUCCUGCAUCAGAACCUCAGUGCUACUCUGUAUGCAGGUCCACCAAAUGGCAUCAAGCAAGAGUAUGGACAGGAUAUCUCCGCCUCGGCUAUGGCUGCCGCUCAGGCGGCGGCACUGGCCUCGCUGAGGAAUCCCCAACAGCAGCAGCAACAGGAUGAUUCAGAAAUGGUCAUUAGUCUCGAACCGGAGAUAGUUCUCCAGACAGGUCCCGAUGUAAAUCCCGCCCAGCCACCGCCGCAGCAGCAGCAUCUUUUCAGCGCCCAUCAGCACCAGCAGCAGCCACAGCAGCAGCAGCAGCAACAUCAUCUGCAGCAGCAACAGCACUGCAACAUGUUCCAGCAUAUGGCCCCACAGGCGCACAUGCAACACAUGCGCUCACUGCCGCCUCCGCCGCCGCCCCCCUCGCUGACCUUGCCGCCCCUGCCGCCCCCGCCACCUACAACUCACCAGCAACAACAGCAACCUGCGCCGCCACAGCAACUGCAACAUGCUCCGCAGUGAGCGAUUCUCGCCUGUAGUUUUAAGCUCAACCCUCUAGCCAGCUAAACGCAUCCGAAAGUUUGAAGGCACACACACCUGGAGUUGUGAUCGAAUUAGCUAUGUGAUUUGCAAUUUCAUUUGCCUAAAUGUAUUACGUUGCCAUAAUUGCUCGAGUACAAAAUGGUAUUUGUAAUUACGAAUCUAAAAAGCAUUCAAGCGGAGAGCUAUGUGGUGCUGAAAAUGCAAUAGAAACUAUUCUCAUUAUACCCGUUACUCGUAGAGAGGCUAUACUAGAUUUGUUGAAAAGUAUGCAACAGGCGUUUUCGACCACAAAGUAUAUAUGUUCUUGAUCAGAAUCAAUUGCAGAGUUGAUUUGGCCAUGUCCGUCUUUCAUUAUGAACGUCGAGAUAUCAGGAACUAUAAAAGCUUGACGGUUGAAGUUAAGCGUGCAAUUCUUGUGAACUUUUUUGGAUAUUUUUUAAUAAUUCUGUUAGAAUGUAAAUUUCUCUCGACUUGCCAAAAAACUUUUUGCCACGCCCACUACAACGUCCUAAAGCCGCCAAACCGGUAACGCCCAAACUUUUAAAUAUUUUUAAAAUGUUUCUCGUUCCAUUCCCCAAUAUCUAUCCAUAUCCUGAGUAACGGGUAUCUGAUAGUCGAAUAACUCGACUAUAGCAUCCUCUCUUGUUUUUGUCAAGAAAUUCAUACUUCCAAAGUGAAACUUGUUAGGUUAUUUUUUAGUGUAGAAAGAAAAGUAUUUUUCUCAAAACAAUUCAGUUUUAUCAGUAGGACACAGCAAAUCUACCCUACUUUUUGUUCGAAUUAUAUGCAAAUUGCCAUUUUAAAUCCUAUUUACAUUGUCGUCAAAAAUAAUUUAUUUUGUAUCUUUGGAAUAAAAACACAUUGUGAUAAAAUGCACCUUGAGCUUUAGAGCAGGUGCCAAAACUUAAAAUUUUCCUGUAAUUCCUCAUUCAUUUUAGGUUGGUAGAUUAUUGGUUUGUCUACAACAACUCUUAUUCCUAUUUUGUCACAACUCCAAGGGAUGUGUGCCAAAACCUCAUACGCACACACUCGCACUGAACACACACCCAUGUUUAUUUUAAAGUAUGUUAAGUAGACGCCAUUUUAAAAAUGCCGAUACGUAUUAUGUUGCGUUACGCAAUCCGCAUUACGUUUCUUAAGUGCUUAAGGGCUUCCCCGUCAUAACUUUUUAUGUCGUCAUCGUUUCAAGCAUUUCUCUGUUUUUUAGAUCUAUACGUAUAUUGUUUAGCUAAGUGAUAGGAGACACAAUACUUGCAAGUUUAGGAUGAUACGAUCUACAAUACGAAUUAACGAUAACUGUAUACCUAUAUGAUAUAAUGAUAUACUAUGGCCAGCCGCAAAAUAAUGAUUACGAAUUUAUGCGCAGAAAAGAGCAAAAUAUAAAAAGCAAAGGAUUGCUGAAAAUGGAA